AUGAUAUUACGUCUGAAUGAGCAAUUGGAACACAUGAGAAUAUGUUUGAAUGAGCGAUUGGAUCACAUGAGAAUACGUCUGAAUGAGCAAUUGGAUCACAUGAUAUUACGUCUGAAUGAGCAAUUGGAACACAUGAGAAUAUGUUUGAAUGAGCGAUUGGAUCACAUGAGAAUACGUCUGAAUGAGCAAUUGGAUCACAUGAUAUUACGUCUGAAUGAGCAAUUGGAACACAUGAGAAUAUGUUUGAAUGAGCGAUUGGAUCACAUGAGAAUAUGUUUGAAUGAGCGAUUGGAUCACAUGAUAUUACGUCUGAAUGAGCGAUUGGAUCACAUGAGAAUAUGUUUGAAUGAGCGAUUGGAUCACAUGAUAUUACGUCUGAAUGAGCAAUUGGAACACAUGAGAAUAUGUUUGAAUGAGCGAUUGGAUCACAUGAUAUUACGUCUGAAUGAGCAAUUGGAACACAUGAGAAUAUGUUUGAAUGAGCGAUUGGAUCACAUGAGAAUAUGUUUGAAUGAGCGAUUGGAACACAUGAGAAUAUGUUUGAAUGAGCGAUUGGAUCACAUGAGAAUAUGUUUGAAUGAGCAAUUGGAACACAUGAGAAUAUGUUUGAAUGAGCGAUUGGAUCACAUGAGAAUAUGUUUGAAUGAGCAAUUGGAACACAUGAUAUUACGUCUGAAUGAGCAAUUGGAACACAUGAGAAUAUGUUUGAAUGAGCGAUUGGAUCACAUGAUAUUACGUCUGAAUGAGCAAUUGGAACACAUGAGAAUACGUCUGAAUGAGCAAUUGGAUCACAUGAGAAUAUGUUUGAAUGAGCAAUUGGAACACAUGAGAAUAUGUUUGAAUGAGCGAUUGGAUCACAUGAGAAUAUGUUUGAAUGAGCAAUUGGAACACAUGAUAUUACGUCUGAAUGAGCAAUUGGAACACAUGAGAAUAUGUUUGAAUGAGCAAUUGGAUCACAUGAGAAUAUGUUUGAAUGAGCAAUUGGAUCACAUGAGAAUAUGUUUGAAUGAGCAAUUGGAACACAUGAGAAUAUGUCUGAAUGAGCAAUUGGAACACAUGAGAAUAUGUUUGAAUGAGCAAUUGGAACACAUGAUAUUACGUCUGAAUGAGCAAUUGGAACACAUGAGAAUAUGUUUGAAUGAGCAAUUGGAACACAUGAGAAUAUGUUUGAAUGAGCGAUUGGAUCACAUGAGAAUAUGUUUGAAUGAGCGAUUGGAUCACAUGAUAUUACGUCUGAAUGAGCAAUUGGAACACAUGAGAAUAUGUUUGAAUGAGCAAUUGGAACACAUGAGAAUAUGUUUGAAUGAGCGAUUGGAUCACAUGAUAUUACGUCUGAAUGAGCAAUUGGAACACAUGAGAAUAUGUUUGAAUGAGCAAUUGGAUCACAUGAGAAUAUGUUUGAAUGAGCGAUUGGAUCACAUGAGAAUAUGUUUGAAUGAGCGAUUGGAUCACAUGAGAAUAUGUUUGAAUGAGCGAUUGGAUCACAUGAUAUUACGUCUGAAUGAGCAAUUGGAACACAUGAGAAUAUGUUUGAAUGAGCGAUUGGAUCACAUGAUAUUACGUCUGAAUGAGCAAUUGGAUCACAUGAGAAUACGUCUGAAUGAGCAAUUGGAUCACAUGAUAUUACGUCUGAAUGAGCAAUUGGAACACAUGAGAAUAUGUUUGAAUGAGCGAUUGGAUCACAUGAUAUUACGUCUGAAUGAGCAAUUGGAACACAUGAGAAUACGUCUGAAUGAGCAAUUGGAUCACAUGAUAUUACGUCUGAAUGAGCAAUUGGAACACAUGAGAAUAUGUUUGAAUGAGCGAUUGGAUCACAUGAUAUUACGUCUGAAUGAGCAAUUGGAACACAUGAGAAUACGUCUGAAUGAGCAAUUGGAUCACAUGAUAUUACGUCUGAAUGAGCAAUUGGAACACAUGAGAAUAUGUUUGAAUGAGCGAUUGGAACACAUGAGAAUAUGUUUGAAUGAGCAAUUGGAACACAUGAGAAUAUGUUUGAAUGAGCGAUUGGAUCACAUGAUAUUACGUCUGAAUGAGCAAUUGGAACACAUGAGAAUAUGUUUGAAUGAGCGAUUGGAUCACAUGAUAUUACGUCUGAAUGAGCAAUUGGAACACAUGAGAAUACGUCUGAAUGAGCAAUUGGAACACAUGAGAAUAUGUUUGAAUGAGCGAUUGGAUCACAUGAUAUUACGUCUGAAUGAGCGAUUGGAUCACAUGAUAUUACGUCUGAAUGAGCAAUUGGAUCACAUGAGAAUAUGUUUGAAUGAGCGAUUGGAUCACAUGAUAUUACGUCUGAAUGAGCAAUUGGAACACAUGAGAAUAUGUUUGAAUGAGCGAUUGGAUCACAUGAGAAUAUGUUUGAAUGAGCGAUUGGAUCACAUGAGAAUAUGUUUGAAUGAGCGAUUGGAUCACAUGAUAUUACGUCUGAAUGAGCAAUUGGAACACAUGAGAAUAUGUUUGAAUGAGCGAUUGGAUCACAUGAUAUUACGUCUGAAUGAGCAAUUGGAACACAUGAUAUUACGUCUGAAUGAGCAAUUGGAUCACAUGAUAUUACGUCUGAAUGAGCGAUUGGAUCACAUGAUAUUACGUCUGAAUGAGCAAUUGGAACACAUGAGAAUACGUCUGAAUGAGCAAUUGGAUCACAUGAUAUUACGUCUGAAUGAGCAAUUGGAACACAUGAGAAUAUGUUUGAAUGAGCGAUUGGAUCACAUGAUAUUACGUCUGAAUGAGCAAUUGGAACACAUGAGAAUAUGUUUGAAUGAGCGAUUGGAUCACAUGAUAUUACGUCUGAAUGAGCGAUUGGAUCACAUGAUAUUACGUCUGAAUGAGCAAUUGGAUCUCAUGAGAAUACGUCUGAAUGAGCAAUUGGAUCACACGAGAAUAUGUUUGAAAUGA